ACUAGUUUUCAAAAUCACCUUGUUAAUUACUUCGAGCCGGUCAGCCUGAAAAUGUCGUCCACGGAGGAAGGAGGUGGCCCCGUCGGAGCAGUUUCCACUGAUCAAACAAUCAUCAACAACAACACCAACAACGAUUACGUGAGAAUUGAUAUGCGGUUCACGGACCCUCUCAGCGAUGGCGAAGUAGCGAAUCUCCGGUCAUUAUACGAAGCUUUCUACGCCGGCCAUCCCAACUUCACUGCCAAACCAUUAAUACGAAAAGUCCUAUCAGCCCUUCGUCGUAACGAAGAUUUCAAGAAGUAUUUCAUGCCGAAAGUGAUCUCAAUCGGCCCACUCCACCACGAUGAUCUCACCCUCAUUGAAUCCAAGAAGCUCAAGCUCAAAUUAGCAGCACAUUUCGUCAAAAAAGUUGACGUCGAUGGGGAAUCCUUGUACAGUAACAUUAAGAAAGAGAUGGAUGGCUUGAGGAAAUGCUAUGAUCCACAGGAAUUAGAGAAUUAUAGCGACGAUAACAAGGAACUGGCUUGGAUGUUUGACGGCUGCGCAAUUUUACAAGCAGUUUACAUGCGUUACGAUAAUGAUGAUGAUGAUGGUAAAUUGUUUAUUAAAAACGAUUUGCUGAGAUUUGUGUACUCGGAUCUGUUCUUGUUGGAAAACCAAAUACCUUUUCGUGUUCUUGAAAUGCUUACAAGCUCGGGGGAUGGCAAAAAGUUCAUGGAUUCAAUCAAAAGGUUCAUCGACGACAGUGUUAUCAACCCAGGCGAGGACAGUGAAUGGUUGUGGGAGCAGCACAAAGAAGGAGAGCGAAUUCACUUAUUGCAUCUACUACGAGUAAGACUCCUUGUCGAAGAAGAAAAACCAUGGUGGUGGCGUUUCAUUGAACGCAGAUUUAUCAACGAAGCAACAACAAAACGGUACCAUUCACGCACCAUUGGUACCGUAAAAGAGCUUAAAAAGGCCGGGAUAACGUUAAAAGCAAGCGAAACAAGUUGUUUAACCGACAUCAGUUUCAACCAUAUCUUCUUCUCCGGAAAAUUACGGUUACCGCCGAUCACGGUUGAUGAUUCAACCAUAAACUUAAUAGCUUACGAAAUGUGUCCGGAUUUCGACAACGAUUUCACCGUCACUUCUUAUAUGUGUUUCCUUGAUUUAUUGAUCGAUGAAGCCGAAGAUGUUAAAGACCAGAGAGACGCCGGCAUACUAUACAAUAGAUUGGGGAGUGAUGAAGAAGUGGCUAAGCUUUUCAAUAAGAUGAACACUGAUUUGGUUCCUAGUCCGAUGAUUUACAGUGGGGUUAAAGAGAAAAUACAUAAUCAUUGUAAGAAUAUGUGGAUUAAUCAUGCAGCUCAAGGUUAUCAUACUUAUUUUAGGAGUCCUUGGACGUUUUUGGCAUUUUUGGGUGCCAUUGCUGCACUUACACUUAGUGCUUUGCAGACUUAUUAUGCCAUGCAUCAACAAAACCAAGGAUCAUCCAACCACAAAAAUCAAAGGCUGGUUGAAGAACCCUAAAGGAUUCAAGGCAUCAAGGCUUUGUAUAUUAUAUUUGUGUUUAAUUUAUUAUAAGUAUUGAAAGUUAAUAAAUUUUAUAUACAUUUUACUAAUGCUUUUUUUUUUGUAUACAAUUUAUGACAUUGCCUUAUUUCGAGAUUUUUUCCCCUUUUUUUUUUAAUAAUGGCGAGUGUAAUAUUUGAACAAAGUGCAUUUGUAUUUUAUUCUAUGAUAUUUAAAAAAAUAGAAAUGAAAAUAAAAUAAAACAACAGAGAAGAAAAAUAAUAAUAAUCACCUUUCAAACUUUGCUCUUUUUUUUUUGUAUUUUAUUUCUAUUUCUUAUGUGUCCAAAAAAAUAUAAGCAUUAAAUUUAGGCUUUUAUAGCCGAUUUGAACAACUCUUAGUUUCUACUCUUUGUCGUUUUGCUAUUUGUCUUUUUUCUUUCUGUUGCGUGUUGCUCAUUUUACAGGUGUCAGAGAUGUCAGAGCAUGCAGAAGAAGUGGCGUGCGGCGGCAGCAAGGCUUAGGGUGACUAGGGUUUCUGAAAAUGUUGUUUGUAACAUUUUUCUUUUUGGGCUAGGGUUUAUUUUUUUUGUUUUGGGCUUGUUACGUUAAGGUUAGUUUUUGGGCUAUUUUGAUUUGUAGAUUAGACUGUUAAUU